UGGAACAUCUUUAAGCAAAGGCUGGAUCGCCAUUCUCAGGGUUAGGUUCCACUGGAAAGCUGCUAAGAUCCUCAGGAAGUGCUGUGAGCUCAUAGGCCAGUUAAUUGAAGAGUCUACUCUCAGUAGGGGUCCCUGAGGCUUGGUAGAUUGGGAUGGUGGACUGGAAUUUGGCUUUGGGAGGGUAUGUGCCUGGUUGAGAACAAGCAGUAUAUUAAAGAAGCAGCACAGUAGCAACGAGUCAGGCCCAAAAUGGAAGGAGAAAAAGGAGAGCCUUCCUUUAAUUAUCCAAUUGACCACCAGACACAAAGAAUGGCAUGUUCCCCAAAGGUUCUGUCUAUAUCUCAGUCAGUAUUCUGCCAAAAACUGAGCAGUAGAGAAAUUGAUUUGGAGACUAGGCCUGGAAGCAAGGAGUCCACUUCAACUUUGACUUUUCUGUAGAAGAACCAUCCAGGGAUAGACUCAGACUUCCUGUGUCUAAAUUGGAAGGAAGCCUCAGUUUAUAGAGGUAGUAGAGCAACAAGGAAAAACAUUCUUGGCAAAUAAAUCAUCCAAAGGAAACCUUUGGAAAGAUCAGAAAGAAAGUAGAAUCUUUAGUAUAGGAUAAGUCUUUUGUCUACAACACAAAGUCCAUCUUCACAAAUGUAAUACGCAGAAAGAACUCUAGAUUAUUUAAACAGUAAAAAAGUAAUAAUAAUAGAUUCAGCUCAAAAAUGAUAUUUUCUAAGUAUAACGAUUGUGGGAAAUCCUUCAGUUAUAAUUCAGACCUUAUUGACUAUCAUAGUCUAAAUACUGAAAAGAAACCUUUUGAAUGUGGGAAAGCCUUCCAAUGGAGAACUCAACUUAGUCAACAUCAAAAAAUUCAUACUAAAGAGAAGCAUUAUGAAUGUGAUGAAUGCGGAAAGGCCUUCUACAAGAGGACCCAGCUUACUCAACAUUGGAGAAUUCAUACUGGAGAGAAACCUUAUGAAUGUACCGAAUGUGGUAAAACCUUUCGACAGAGUGCCCAUCUUACUCGCCAUCAGAGAAUUCAUACUGGAGAGAAACCUUAUGAAUGCAGUGAAUGCGGAAGGGCCUUUAACCAUAGCUCGUCCCUUGCAUCCCAUCAGAGAAUUCAUACUGGUGAGAAACCUUAUGAGUGUAAUGAAUGUGGGAGAGCCUUCAACCACAGUGCAUCUCUUGCUGCCCAUCAGAGAAUCCAUACUGGAGAGAAGCCUUAUGAAUGUAAUGAAUGUGGCAAGGCCUUCCGCCAAAGCACAGAACUGACUCGACAUCAGAAAGUUCAUACGGGAGAGAUAUAUGUAUGUAACGAAUGUGGAAAGGCCUUCCACCAGAACUCACAGCUUAUUUGCCACCAGAGAAUUCAUACUGGAGAGAAACCUUAUGAGUGUAAUGAAUGUGGGAAGACCUUCAACUACAACUCUUCCCUUGCUGCCCAUCAGAGAAUUCAUACUGGAGAGAAACCUCAUGAAUGUCGUGAAUGUGGGAAAGCCUUUUGCAAGAGGACCCAUCUUAUUCAACACGAGAGAAUUCACACUGGAGAGAAACCUUAUGAAUGUCAUGAAUGUGGCAUGUGUUUCCGCCAGAGUGCCCAGCUUAGUCGCCAUCAGAAAAUUCACACUGGAGAGAAACCUUUUGAAUGUAGUGAAUGUGGGAGGUGCUUCCGCUUGAGCGCUGGUCUCACCAGACACCAAAGGCUGCAUAAUUGAGAGAAACUUUGAGGGUGGCUUUGCCCCAGAACAGACAUCUUACUUGGCCCCAAUUCUUGGGAGAAGAAAAACCUGAUGAAUAUAAUGGGGUGGGAGUUUUUUUCUCCUUUAAAAAUUAUUGCUACAUCUUCUUUUUAUCUCAUAGAGCUGUCCUAAAUAGACCUACAUCCCCUUAUAACAUACAUUUUCAAAAGUUUUUCACUUAUUAACAGGAGAUAUUUGUGCUCAUUUUAUAUGAUAUUUACUAACAUUGACUACUCUAUUUGACAGGGGCUUUGUUUCUUCUUAGUGCUCGUUUAUUGACAUCAUUAAGGUAUUUAUGUCUGACGUUGCUUUGACCCAGCUUUCCUCACUUUGCCACUCUUCAUGCACAUCCCCAAGUUUCUUUGAAUUCAUUUUGCCAUCCUUUGCAGCCCAGUAAUAUUCCACUGUAUUUUUAUACUAUGAUUCGUUCAGUCAUUCCCCAGGCACCAGGGAUAUAGUUUGUUUCCCACUUUUGUUAAUACAGCUCAGAGCCCGUCUAUUCACAUUGGUCCCAUCGAUCUCUUCCUUGAAGAUGGUUCCACUGGUGGAAUCUGUGGGUUAAAGAGGCAUCAGUAAUUUAGUAAGAGAUCUUACUAAUUCAGGAGUGGUUGAGCUCCUCGACAGCUCCAUGCAAUAUGCUUGCCCUCUUGUAACCCCGCUAAUUAUGUCCCAUCUUUUCUAACUUGAUACAUGAAAGGGUAAUACUGAAGAUAAUUUUCAUUUCCAUUUCUCUGACUGCUAGAGACUUUUCAAUAUUCUUUUCAAGUACUUCAUUUGUAUUUCUUUUAAAGAUUUUUCAUAUGUUUUGGCCACUUGUCUUUUGGAAAUAGGUGUUAACCUACAAUCAAAACCUUGGGGUUAGACUGUGUUUAAAGGUAUUCAAUGCAGACUUUUCUUCUAGGAUUUUUUCUUUUGAGUCUAGCUGCAUUGUUUUUUAUUUCUGCAAAAGCUUUUUAACUUUACAUAUUCCUAAUAGCAUUUUUUCUUUUGUGACCUGUCCUGUGAAUGAUUAAUAGUUUUUUCCCCCUAUCCAUAGUUGUGAAAUAAGUAGACUUCAAUUCUUUAGUUUUUUGGUGGGUAUAUUUUUUAAUGGUGUGACUUUUAUAUUUAGGUCAUAUCCAUUGGGAAUUUUUUGUGGAAUUUGGCAUAACAUACUCAUCUAAACUGUUUUAAACCAUUCUGCUUUCUAUUUUCCCUGGUAUUUCUUAACAAAUACAGUUCCUUUCCCAGUAGUUUAUAUAUUUUUUAGUUUACCAAACUCCUACUAUGUACAUUUGUUCCUAAGUUUUGAUUAUCUAUUGUUUCAUUGAUCUACUUUUCUGUAUUUUUGCCUAGUACCAGAUUGUUUUAAGAAUCACUUCUUUGAUGUAGACAGAGUCUUCGUGUUUUUGCUUAAUAUCCUUUGAGAUUGGGUAAUCCCCAUCCUGUUGGUUUUCACUGUGUUUCUUUUCACAACGAUUACAUUUGUAGUUUCUCUCUCCUCAGAGAACGCAUAUUGAUGUUAUGGUUGUCUUAAAGAAGCCUGUAGGCUGAAUGAAAAAAUAUUUGUGAUCAAAACAGCCAAUAACGUGAGUAAAGUAGCUGGACACAAAAGAAAUCCAUUGAAUUCAUCAGCUUUUAUGUAUAUUAAUAAAAGUCAGGAGGAGAGGAGAUUGGAAGAGAAAUUCUGUUUAAGAUGAAAUAACUAGGGAGUAAGCUACGAAGACACACACACACAGAGGACUUAUAAAAAUAGAACUACAAGACUUUUUACAGGAAUAAAAGAAGAUCUGGAAAAAUAGUUGCAGAGCAAUUCGUGUUCUUGGACAGGCGGACACAUUGCAGUUGUGAUGGAGUAAGAACCAAAUUUCAGAUUUAAUGCCUUAACAUACUAGGGGGCACUCAUAAAAUUGGACAGUAAUGUUCAUUUGGAAAGCAAAAGGUCAAGAACACCAAGGAAUAUCUGAAAAAUAAGAAAAUUGUAAUAAAGCAGGAAAAUUCACCCGGCACCUGCACUGAAAUCGAACUCUGACAGCUGAUUGUCACCUGUGGUGACAUUUCUCUAAAAGAACCUUCCUGGACUGUGGACUGAAAAGUAAAUAUGAUAGACUUCAUAAUUUGUUUCCUAGAAACAUGAAUGCAGACCAGCCGAUAAUAGGAUCUUUGGAGAACUUAUACAAGAUGGGCUUUUGAGAGUGAGCAAGCAAGUGACUUGAGUGGUUGGAGGAUCUUGCUUAUAGAUUUAAUUAUUUUGAUUUUUUUCUCCCUUCUCUCUAUAAUGGUGCAUCCUAUGUUAUGCCCCUAUUUCACUGUAUCUCUUCUGUGUCCUGUUGAUGCUUGUAUCAGUGGUUAUGUCUUUGAAUGCAAGGUUAGAAUUCAGAGGACCUGACCUGGAAUUCCGAUCCCGUAAAUCCCUGCGUGACCUUGGGAAGUCAUGGAAGGCACCCGGCUGUGCCUCCUUUUCUUCUUCCAUAUAGUGAAGAGAUCGGGUUCCAUUAUCCAUGAGUUUCUUUUCAGCUGUAAAUCUAUGAUCCUAAGGAUGAGAGAUGGGGCUGGAAUCUUGGGAAGAGGAGGAAAGUCGUGAAACCUUGAGAUAUAUUGAAGGUCUUAUAAGGACAAAGGGUGGAUCAUCGAUGAAUUAAUCACAUGCUCUGUUCCAGCUUCAAACCACAACUAGGUGCUAGCUAAUAUUGAUGAUAUAUUUAACCAAGUUCAUAUAGGUAGUUAGCUGUUUCUUAAAAUGAUUGAAGGACAGCAACUUUACUGUGUAGGGUAGCAUGCAUUGCAUUGGGCCAGGUUGCAGCUUAUGAUUUCCUUAUGCCCCUAUUUUCACUUCGGAAUUAGGCCUUCUAGUCCAUGUAAUACUGGCUUAGUAGUAGUCUCACUAACAAGAGAAGGCCAGACUGGUUCUAGAAAUGACUGAUGGGAUAAAUUGCCCUCUCACAGUGGGUUGUAGCAACAGACUGCUUACAGUAGUCCAUAAGGAAGAUGUUUUGAAGUGCUAAUGAUUGUUUUGAGUAGCAUAUCUGAAUAUCAGCUGCCCUUUGGGGCUUUGUGGCAGCAGUGGGCAGCACGAGAGAAGUAGACCAAGGUUGAUUGUGGACGAAUUUGUUCUUUUCCUUCUCUAAAAAGAGGCAGAUGCCUAUUCACCCGAAAUUUAGGUGGGCCUAGAAGAAUUUAGGCUCAGAAAAAUCGUAAGAUUAGCCUGUAAUUUGGUGGCACUGUGAGAGGGCCUUUUUGUCACUGGUAAAUCGGUUGGUUCUAAAAAAGAUACCCAACUUCUCCAUAACUAUUCACUUAUCUAACUUGUGUCUAUAGAAAGGAAGCAGGUGGUUGUAAUGCUAGGGCUGAAAAUGAAAGGGAAAUAAGGAUGUGCUAAAAAAGAGAGGAAAGCUUUUGGGCUCUGUGAGGUGGCUGAAAGUGAAGAGGACAGGAAGUGAUCUCAAAAACCAACUCAAAAGUCGCUACAGUUCCCAAAUUCUCGGGAUGUUCUUUUUCUCCCCAUUUGUCUCCUUUGGUUAUAUUGUGUGAUUUCUAGCUCAUUGGGCCGGUAGCAUUUUUCCCAAGACUGCCAUCCUGAUUCUCCUGAAAAGGAAGUUCUCUUAUUCCCUCACCCUUAGGGCCUAUUUCUAAACAGCCAGGAGUGGCUUCCACCGGCCUUUAGAGCCCCUGGGCAGCAGUGGCCGAGGUAGCCACUCAAAGCUUUCUGGGCUCCAGCGGGGCUAAUCAGUUGGUAGAUUGUUUCCUUUCUUUGUCUUUUGUUGAAAUGGCAAAGGCAGCCUUAGUGCAGUCAACAGCACGUGCUUCCCUAAUACUGUUACACCAAUAAGAUGCAAGUGUGGCAUGCCAAGGAGUGAACCACUGAGGACAGCAGUCAUUGGCCUGUGCCAGCACCGACUGUUUGCCUUCUGCAUAGUAGACAGGCUGCACGUCCCCUUAAGUGUCUGUUUCCCGGGAAUCUCUUAGAUCGUGGCGUCCCCACCAGAGCCACUUGGUCUGACCUGAGUCUGCGGUUAUCCUAUGCAAGGUCAGCUAUGGAGCCCGGGAUUCUUGGACCCUGUGGGAACUAGCUUCAGUGGAAACAAUGAUUCAAACCAAACAAACUCGCUUUUGUCAAUACCGUCCACCUAUCCCUCAUCCGUGGGUGUGCAAAGCAGAGUAGUGUUCUGAGUCAUUCCUGCUCGGCAUUAUCAGUGGAGCGAGUCCUUCCCCUGUAAAGCCGAGGCCCAGAGGCUUUGGAGUUGUUGGGGUGCCACGCUAGCACCUGCAGGGGCUCAGUCACUGUUGAUGGAACUGCUGGGUUCCUGCUCCUGCCUGCAAUAAACCACACUUCAUGCAAUAA